AUGAAAGAUACUGAUAGGAAUUCCCCUGCUUCACCAAGGAGAAGCAGGAGCAAAAGUUCUCAUACUAGUGUGAGCAGGAGCCAUAGUAGAUCUAGUAUGUCAAGAUCUAGAUCCAGAAGUCAAAGCAGUGAACUAGAUGGAUACAGAUUACAUAUUGCUGACAUAGGCGAUGAAGUCAGAAGGUCUGAUUUGGAGAAAAUAUUUGCUCCAUUCGGAGAAUUGAAGGAGGUGUGGAUGACCAAUAGCAUCCCUUGUUUUGGAUUUGCUGUAUUCAAAGAGAAGAAAGCAGCUGCUGAGGCUCUCACUGCUACAGAUGGAAUAGAGAUAAAUGGUUGCAAGAUUCGCGUGAGCUAUGCCAGACCGAGAACCAGAGGUUCCGGUAGGCGUUUUUACACCACAAAAAUGCGUUGCUACCAGUGCGGCUACAGCGGGCACUUCUACAGAGACUGUCCCGAAUCGAAUAGUAGACCUGAAAAAAGGGAAAGAGACAGAGAUACAGACCGUUUCGGUCGUCAGAGACGAGAAAGAGAUAGAGACCGCGAAUCGAGGCGGUACAGGUCAAGCAGGAGCGGCAGGCAUGACGAACGCCGCGCCAGACACAGCGAGGGAGGCGGUAGUAGUAGUAGAAGAAGGCGAUAA